ACACGAUCGUGGUGGCGGUACCACAGAAGGGAGCUCAGAAACCGACAGAACGACUAGUAUCGCACUAACUGUCGUCUCUUACAAAUAGACGGCAUUGCUUCAGGUGGCAAGAGGAGCAUCAUCUCACCCUGUAUCUACUUCGAACUAUAUCCGGAAGCUCUUGGGGACACACUGCUAAGGCCCUGUCGAUAGUUGCUUCGCCGAAAAAACGGAAUCCCAUCACCAAGCAAGAAGUCCAUCCAUCGCUUCCAGUAAAGCUCUUCAGAGGUUACAACGACAGGAGUCAAGGAUUGAGUUCACCCACUGAAUUCGUCGCAAGUCGCUUUGCCGAGCAUAAUCACUUUCCAUUACCCCCACAGUAUUCAGAUAACGAUCUGGAACUUGACAUCCAAAAACACAUCAGUCAGGAUCGCGAAUUCAAAUCGACCCUAAUAAGCACUGGAAGUAGUUUGGUCAAAGCAUUACGCAGAGCAAUUAUAGCAAGCUCGAGAGCUGAAGAUAUGAGCUCUUGUAGGCUCAGUAUCAUCGAUACUCAGAAGAUUGGACCGAGCAGUAGCAUCUCUUACGCUCGACCAUAUCGUGACUGGUUCCAAUACAAGAAAGAAUUUCCUUGGAGAUAUUCGGUUGAGGAAGAGCACCUAGCUUGGGCCGAGAUAUCUGUAUCGGCUGUCAUGACAGAAGUGUCUCUCGAAGACUUGCAAUCAUUCAUGGUUGAAGAUUCUGUACUGUCCUCUGCCUUUAACACAGAUGUCUCGUCCGGCGACAUAGUGGAGGUGUGUAGAGCUUUGAAAGCCAAACGCACCGCACUUUCUUCCGAGCUUGUCGCCGCAAUAGCUCGUCUGAUUGCCUUCCUCGGUAUGGAACUCCAUACCUCACCAGCGAUUAUCGCCAAGCUUGUAUGUGAGGUCACACACGAUUGGUACGUUGUGCUCCCAGUUCAGUCAGCUGAAGCUUGGUUUGCAGAAGCUGCAGUAUUCGCACACAGCUUUGUUGCUUCGCAAGAUUGUUUGAUGAUUACCGAUGAGGUAAAGUACUUCCCGAACAUCUGCCAGGCAUUUCUGGCUGGAGCAAGGACUUCUCUGAAGGACUGGACGCAACAUACCGAGAUCAGCCAAGUUGAGGCAUACAGAACGAUCAAUCGAGCGAUCAGAGUUGGUCCUCUGUCUGCAGAAGAACGUCUGACAAGGCCAGUACUCUGCUAGUAUACAGCUGUAGAAAGGCAAGACUCUUUUUGGAACGAGCAUGGUAUUGAAGGAGAGCGACUGCCUUGGGUUCAUCCAUUGGAGCG